CUGAUGACCUUUCUGAUUUCUUUUUUGUCCCCUGGUCCCUGCGGCCGAACACGAAGAUCAUGUUGGGUCGGACACUUCGCGAAGUAUCUGCAGCUCUGAAACAAGGCCAGAUUACUCCAACUGAGCUCUGUCAAAAAUGCCUCUCUCUAAUUAAGAAGACCAAAUUUUUAAAUGCUUACAUUACUGUUUCAGAAGAAGUGGCCUUGAAGCAAGCUGAAGAAUCAGAAAAAAGAUAUAAGGAAGGUCACUCACUUGGGGAAUUGGAUGGAAUUCCUAUUGCAGUAAAAGAUAACUUCAGCACAGCUGGCAUUGAGACAACAUGUGCCUCAAGAAUGCUGAAAGGUUAUGUACCUCCUUAUAAUGCUACAGUUGUUCAAAAGUUGUUUGAUCAAGGAGCUGUAUUAAUGGGAAAAACAAAUUUAGAUGAGUUUGCUAUGGGAUCUGGAAGCACAGAUGGUGUAUUUGGACCAGUUAAAAAUCCUUGGAGCUAUUCAAAACAAUAUAAAGAAAAGAGGAAGUGCCAGGCUGAGAAAGAAGAUACAAAUUUUCUUAUAACUGGAGGAAGCUCAGGAGGAAGCGCUGCAGCAGUAUCAGCCUUCACAUGCUUUGCGGCUUUAGGAUCAGAUACAGGAGGAUCGACUAGAAAUCCUGCUGCCCUCUGUGGGCUCGUUGGCUUAAAGCCAAGCUAUGGCUUGGUUUCUCGUCACGGUCUCAUUCCCCUGGUGAACUCAAUGGAUGUGCCAGGAAUUUUAACCAGAAGUGUGGAUGAUGCAGCAAUUGUUUUGGGUGUACUAGCUGGGCAUGACUCUAAGGAUUCUACCACAGUGCAGGAGCCCAUUAAACCAUUUAUGCUUCCCACUUUGGAAGACAUGAGCAAAUUCUGUAUAGGAAUUCCAAAGGAGUACCUUGUACCAGAAUUAUCCAGUGAAGUGCGAACUCUUUGGUCUAAAGCUGCUGACCUCUUUGAGUCUCAAGGGGCCCGAGUGAUAGAAGUAUCUCUGCCUCAUACCAGUUAUUCAAUUGUUUGCUAUCAUGUAUUGUGCACAUCGGAAGUGGCUUCAAAUAUGGCAAGAUUUGAUGGACUCAGAUAUGGUCACAGAUGUGACAAUGACGUGUCUACGGAAGCCAUGUAUGCUGCCACCAGACGAGAAGGGUUCAAUGAUGUGGUGAGAGGAAGAAUUCUCGCAGGAAAUUUUUUCCUAUUAAAAGAAAACUAUGAGAAUUACUUUGUCAAAGCACAGAAAGUAAGGCGCCUCAUUGCUAACGAUUUUGUGAAUGUUUUUAACUCUGGAGUCGAUGUUCUGCUAACCCCCACCACUUUGAGAGAGGCAGUACCAUACCUGGAGUUCAUCAAAGAAGACAACAGAACAAGAAGCACCCAGGAUGAUAUUUUUACACAGGCUGUCAAUAUGGCAGGUUUGCCGGCCAUCAGUGUCCCAGUGGCACUCUCCAGCCAAGGGCUGCCAGUUGGACUGCAGUUUAUUGGACGUGCCUUUUGUGACCAGAAGCUUCUUACAAUUGCCAAAUGGUUUGAGAAACAAGUACAGUUUCCUGUCAUUCAACUUCAAGAAGUAAUGGAUGAUUGUUCUUCCAUCUUUGAAAAUGAACAGAUACCAACUCUUUCUCUAAAACAGUAGUGAUAAACAAAUUGAGCAGAUUGGAAUAACUUUCAAAGAUUUUAUUUUCUAGAGAAAAUGAAUAAUCUUGUAAAGCUCUUGUUACUAAGUUUAUUGCUAACACUCAGUCCUUAGAAUAAUCUUUUUGUUUGUUUUGGGGCCACACUUGGUGGCACUUGAAUUACUUUUACCUCUGCACUCAGAAAUUACUCCUGGCAGGGCCUGGAGAGAUAGCACAGCGGUAGGACGUUUGCCUUGCACACAGCCAACCCAGGACAGACAGUGGUUUGAACCCCAG